AUGUUAAGGAAGAUAGCCUCAAAUAUACCAAAAUGUAGAAGGCAUCAACAGCUUGCUGACAGCUUCAGAUUUUUGUCUACAUCUUCAGAAGAAAACGUCUGGGAAGACCCGUGGAAACAUGCUGUUCCUAAGAAAGGUAAGCGAAUAUCUAUGGUUUUUACACUUUUUUACGCAUUUUACGGAGUAUUUUUGACAUUAUUUUAAUUUUUUGGUGCAAUUUAAGUUGUUUUAGAUUGUAAACUAUUGUUUUAACUUUCAGAAGAGACUUACACAUCUUUUGAAGAAGUAAAUGUUGAUUGGAAGUUGGUAGAGCGGCUGUUACCUCGAGAUCUGAUUCCAGAACCACCAACGAAUCAAAAAGUAACUCCAAGUGGAUGGAGGCCGCCAAAAGGUAAAAGGUUGUAGUUUUAUUCAUCUUUUGAGUUUAGAUCCAGUACCAGAUCUACCUUACUUCAUAAAACGAACUCGUUUCCACUUGCCGGCGGUGUAUUUGAGCCGGAAGAGGGAUCAGUUGGAUGUGAGGACGAUGCAGUAUGAAUACAAAGAAUUAGUAACACUAAAGAAUGUUUAUGGCGACGUUUUUGUGAGUUAAAAAAUUGCUUUUAAAUUUUUAUCUUAUGUAAUAUGGGAUUUUAGAUUAUGUAUUACUUUACGUUUAUGCGUACAUUUGACUAUAUUAUUUAUUUUAACAAAUGUUUAUGGUUUGUUUUAUAUAUGUAUAUUUAAAUAAUACAUUUUCUUAAUGUUUUAGGCAGCAGAAAAGGAUUUAAAAGAGUUCCUAGAACAACGUCUAGGCCAUCCAGUAGGAAUCUUUGCCAACGAACUUCAAGGCCGCAUUGUGGUGUGCGGGGCCGACAUGACUGAUAUUGAAGCUUUUGUAUUUGAAAAAGGAUUUUAG